CAAAAACUCCACACAUUUAGUUUAAUGUCAGAUAAAAAAGUAACCCUUAUUACAAGUGCGAAAACGUACAGUUUUGUAUAUCUAAUGAAUGACCAAUAAGGCUUAAACUUAAUGAUCAAGCUAUAGUCUAAGAAGAUAAAUGAAUAAGUAGUAAGUUGUCAGUUUGAGUUUCGAAGUAAAGUACUUAUGACGUUUUGGUAGAGAAGAAAGCGUUUCACCCAGAAGAUUCAGUAGCAUCUAGAACGCAGCUUCCAGCACCACAUCAAAAGACUCCAGAACCACAGCGAAAGCCUCGAGAACUACUACAGCGAAAGUAGAGCGCCACGAAGAGGAUUUAGCUCGUUUGUCAGAGCAGUGCGAAACGCUAUGAAAAUGGUGUCAUCAACCAAAGACAACGGCAACAUGGUAAUUGCGGGGCAACGUAGCAAUUGCGUGUCCAGUGCUUCAGGUCAACGUAGUGAUUGCGGCUUCACUUCUGCCAAGGUCGAGCGUUCGAAAGAGCAUGGCAAAAAAACGGACAACCACAAUAGCAAAAUUGCCGACCAUGACCACUGUUCACGAGACGGCCAUCCCCUGUGUUUCGGCUGUGUACCGAUUCCUCUGGCUUGCUUCCUGCACGCUCUCUUUUUGCUCGUGUUGUUAUGACUCACUUUUUGUUCGUGUUGUUAUGACUAUUCACUCAAUAAUUUCUAGUCAGGCUCCUGAAGGAUCGUUUUUGUACUUAGAAGGGCUAUACCAGAAGAAGUUGAAUCUUUCUACGAAGAAGAAUUUAUUUGAUAUCGUCCUAACACGACUGUGAAUAGAUUUAUUCCACCUGCGACAACACACACACACACACAAACACACUGCUAGUUCUACCCUCUAAUUUUCGGUAUUCUCCAGCUCUUCUGCUUAUCCGGGAAUAAGAACGCCUGGCUGCAGUUGUUUGACGUUAUCUCUGCCUCAUGUGGAGGUCUAG